AUGGUGAGACGUGAUCUCAAAGCCGGUGAGCGCAGUUCAUCUAACAUUCGAAUAGGCGCCAAAAGUCAACUGCAACCCGCAAAAGCUCGCGGCCGUGGUCGCGUGGCUGCAGAAAUCCCGUACAUGCUACAACAUCAAAGAUCUCGAGAAGCACCUCCCUUCUGUGGCAUCCAUUAACAGCAUGCAAGUCAAAGGUAUCUCAAGACAGCAUCCUCUUGCUCCACCUCAAUCAUCAUCAUCAUCAUCAUCAUCAUCAUCAUCAUCAUCAUCAUCGUCAUCAGCUAAUUCAAAUACCUCUUCCUCGCCAGACUACAUCCAAACGCUGACAGACGAGUCCAUGAUCCGCGUCGAGAAGAUUGGCUCCGGAAACUGGUACUGGUCCUUCGCCUCCCAGGACAAGAAGAACAAGCAGGACACCCUCACCAACGCGCAGACCGAGCACGCCAAAGCCGAGAGCACUGUACGCGAUCUCCGCCACAAGCUCGCCGAGCUUGCCGCGCAGAAGGAGGAAGAAGAAGAGAUGAUGGACACUGGCGGGGAGGGCCGCGAUGAGCUGACGGCGAAGAAAGCAGUCCUCGAGGCGGAUCUCAAGGCCCUGGAGAAGGAAUUGGAGAGCUACAGCGAUAACGACCCGGUUGAACUUGAGCGCAAGCGGAGCGGUGCGAAGGUGAUGAAGACGGAGUUGGAUCAAGUGACCGACGACAUCUACUCCCUGGAGAAAUGGUUCAAGGUCAAUGCGGGAGAUGAAGCGGUUGCGGCCCUGCGAAUGGGCACUUAUGGAGGCGAGUGGGACUCCGAGGAGUGCGAUUUCAAGGAGCUGGUCAUGGCUUGA